AUGAGCAAACGCUCAGCCCUCAUCUCCCAUCAGAGAAUUCACACCGGCGAGAAACCCUAUCGAUGUAACGAGUGUGCGAAGGCCUUCAGUGAUCAGUCUUCAGCCAACACCGGAGGAUCCACGCUGGGGGGAAACCUCAUGCAUGCAAUGAACGUGGAAAGGUCCUCCCUCAUCGAGCACCGGAAAACCCACACAGGAGAGAAACCCUACAAAUGCAACGACUGUGAGAAGACUCUCAGCUACAGUUCAUCCCUCAGCCUCCAUCAGAGAACUCACAAUGGGGAGAGUCCCUGUAUGUGUAAGGAAUGCGGGGACACCUUCAGGUACCGCUCCUCCCUGACCAAGCACCAGUGGACCCACAGCGUCAAGACACCCUUUGUUCCUUAG